AUGGGAAAUGAAAUUACCAAAAUACAGCAACAACAAAAACGUCUUCGGCAACAAAAAUCCUCCAAUCCGUUUGUGUAUGAAACUUCGGAAGUUGAACAGGAAUUUGUGUUAGUGGAUCCGUUAUUUGUAAAGAUUGAAGAUCCACCAUCAUCAUCAUCCUCCAGGAAGAAUUCGGUUAAAAGCACAACAAGCACGAAUAGUCUUCUUGGAAACACUGCAUCAUGUGCCAGCAUUGGAAGAAGUGGAUCAACGACCGUUGCCAUGCAGGCAAAACCAAAGAUCUCCAAUGCAUUGGAACAAAAACAGCAUUAUCAAGAAUUAUUCUCUAGAAAUAGACAUAACAGUUUAUUAUGCCAAUUGGAUGGAGAUAUUUUGUUUCAUAUCAUGUCUUUUAUAUUUACACCUUCAGCAAGUGGAGGUGAUCAUUGUAGAAAAGCUGAGCAACGAACAACUGAGCAAAAAACAGAGGAAGAGGAAGAAACACAUGUUGAAAAGUGUAACGAUGACCUCAACACCGAAGAUUCAGAUGAGGAGGAAGAUGAUAGAGAAUACACGGUUCUAAGACAAGCUUUCGACUUGCAUCUAGUUUGUCAAUAUUUGUAUAUUUCAAUCUGGGAAAAUAUUCAUAGUUCAGAAAUAUUAUGGAAAAAUAUUUUUGAAAUCAUUGUUCCACACGAUCAUCCGUUCUAUACGUUCACCAUGUCACCACCACAAAUGUCUUCUUACUCGGAUAAAAAUUCAAAAGUAUUACGAGCAUGUAAAUACGCAGAAAAGAUGCACAAAAGCUUUAAAGAAAAAUGUAGAUUAUUUACAAAUUAUAAUUGGAAGACGAUUAACAGAUGCUGCAAACUAAUUGGAGAGUCCAGCAACAGCUCGUUUUGUUUUAUAGCCAAUGAUGGAGAAUUAAUGGAAGCCUCAUUAAUGAAAUUAGUAAUUUUAGGUCCUCGAUCAUGUGGAAAGACCUCGCUACAAACAAGGUAUUUUAAUCCAAGCUUUUUCGAAGAAGGUUUCUGUACGGAUAAGCAUAAUACAUGUUCUCCAACCGCAUCCUUUGAUUUUUCAUCACAUCUCAUCAGAGUCCUUUAUAAUAGGACUGAUUUGAGAAAAUCGCAAUGCAACAAGUGCACUUACGGAAUGCAGGUUUGGGAUUGUGCAGCACUAAAAGAAGAGACCGAUGAAAUAUGCUCAAGUGUGUUUAAAGAUAUGGAUGCCUUAAUGCUAUGUUAUGCCAUUGACGAUCACACUGGCUUUAAAGAAGUCAAAGACGUGUAUUUACCAAUGGCUAUUAAUUAUUUACAUGGAAAGGCCUUUGAAAAUAUUCCUAAAAUUCUUGUAGGAUUGAAAUGUGACAAGGAAAAUGAAAGGCAGGUCAGCAAACAAGAAGCUCUUGAAUUUGCUCAAGUCAAUGACAUGCCGUUCAUUGAAGUGAGCGCCAAAGAUUGUAUCAAUCAUCAACUUCCAUUUCAAUACUUGUUGUAUUGUGGAAAAGAAGAUGAAACAAAUAUUCACUUUUCAGAUGAAUUACUUGAACUGAAAAAGAGAGAAGCGAAUGAAAUAUUCAUGCUCAACUUUUUCCUUAAUCAAGACCAAUCACCCCAUUUGACAGAUACCAAUUGGUAA